GGAGGUAACCCCAGUUUGUUGUUCCAAUCAUGUUGGACGUGAUGACCUGAACCUGGGCCCCAAAAUGAUGUGAUAUGAAUAAUAACUUGAACUGAAUACAGUGAAACUCCAAGUUGUAUACCGAGGUAUGUACGGUGUUGUAUGUGUGUGCUUUGAUAUACAGUACGGUAGCUGUCAACCUCCAAAGAAUUCAACAAACAGAGCAUAUCUAUCUACCAACAUACGUCGUGGAGGGGAGGGGAUUUGAAAAAAGGCCAGUCAGCCAGGGGUUAAGGUACUGGUUUUGGGUACACGUACCUGUACAGCACGACCACGUACUCAUAAGUAAGAUAACCUAACCUACCUUGCUUCAUUCGGGAUCAACCUACUUCGCCUCUCUUAGCAGGAUUAAGAUCCAGUCAAAGGACUGGUGCUGCAACGCCCCCAAGACAAGCGUGGUGUCAACAGACUGAAGUGAAGAAAAAAAGCGUGCCAAGAUGGGAUCCCAGGGGAGGGCAGCAGCAGAAGGAUUGACUCCGUCGUCAGAUGUUGAAGGCAGAGACAGGGGCGAGGACAAUGACCCCAAGCAGCAGUUAUCCACAAUCCAAGCCGACUACGACCUAUCAACACCGAUAACCUCAACAUCAGGACUCAGAUCCGGACUCACAUCCUACGGCGACGCCCAUUUUUCAUUGUUCUUACGCAAAGUAUUCAUCAAAGCCCUCGGAUACUCGGACUCAGCACUAUCCCUCCCAAUCGUAGGCAUCAUCAACACAUACUCAUCAUUCAACCCCUGCCACUCGAACGUGCCCCAACUAAUCGAGGCAGUGAAACGAGGUGUGCUCGCGGCCGGUGGUUUACCCGUCGACUUCCCCACGAUCAGCGUGCACGAGAGCUUCGCCAGUCCGACAAGCAUGUACUUGAGGAAUUUGAUGAGCAUGGACACGGAGGAAAUGACGCGCGCACAACCGGUGGACAGCGUCGUCAUGAUAGGCGGAUGCGACAAGACCGUGCCUGCCCAACUGAUGGGGGCCAUCAGCGCCAACAAACCCUUUCUACCACUCAUCACGGGUCCCAUGAUGCCGGGUUCAGUGCAAGGCGUGCGCGUCGGCGCAUGUACCGAUUGUCGCAGCUACUGGGCCAGAUACCGUGCAGGAGACGUCGAUCUCGAGGACAUAAUGGGGGUCAAUGACGAAUUGGCUCCUACAGGAGGAACCUGCGGCGUCAUGGGCACGGCAUCGACCAUGGCUUGUGUCACUGCGGGAUUGGGCCUGUUGGACCUCAAGUCUGGAGCGACCGCUGCGGCUGUUAGUUCUGCUCGUCUUAGAGUGGCCGAGCAGACUGGUCGGGACGCCGUUGCUGUUUUGUCCAAAGGACCGCAGAAAGACGGUGCGGUCAUGCGUCCGCAAACAUUGUUGUCCAAAGACAGUUUUAUCAACGCCAUUACUGUCCUCCAAGCCAUCGGUGGCAGCACCAAUGCCGUGGUCCAUCUCAUGGCCAUCAUCAACCGACACCCUGAUGUCGCUGGCACAAUCACUCUCGACACGUUUGACGAAAUCGGGCGCAAGACUCCUCUGCUCGUUGACUUGAAGCCUAGUGGUGACAACUACAUGACUGAUUUCCACAACGCGGGCGGAAUGUUGGCUCUCAUGCACACGCUGCGCCCUUUGCUAAAAUUAAACGCGAAGACAUACACUGGUUUGACACUAGGGGAAGUGCUCGAUUCUACCCCCUUUAAACCAUUUCCUUAUUCACGACAGAUUAUUCGAUCUCUGGAGGACCCGCUGUACCCGGCGUCCAGUCUGGUCGUCCUAAGAGGAAACAUAUGUCCCGACGGCGCGGUGAUGAAGGCUUCAGCUUCAAAAAACCGCAAACUGCUCCAUCACCGCGGCCGGGCGGUGGUUUUUGAGAAUUCGGCCGAUUUGGCACGCAGAAUCGACUCGCCUGAUCUGGAUGUCGAUGCUGAUUCUGUUUUGGUCCUCAAGGGUAUUGGUCCUGCCGGAAACCCGGGAAUGCCUGAGGCUGGUCUGAUCCCCAUCCCACAGAAGCUCGGAAGACAGGGCGUCACGGAUAUGUUGCGCAUUAGUGAUGGCAGAAUGAGUGGUACUGCGGGCGGUACUAUUGUCCUGCAUGUCUCACCUGAAUCGGCGGAUUUGGAUUCCGUCUUUGGUAUAGUGCAGACGGGUGAUGUUGUGGUUUGUAAUGUUGAAAACAGGAGUUUGGUGCUUGAUGUUGAUGAUGAGGAAAUCAAGCGUCGUAUAGCGGAGAGGAAGAGCAAAGCGACUAAGAGUAGGGAUCAGAGUACUGAUAAGGGUACUAGUGUUUCGUCGGAACCCUGGUUGGACAGAGUCUCUCGUCGUGGAUAUCGUGGCCUUUAUGAGAGGGAGGUCAACCAGGCUCAUCUGGGUUGUGAUUUUGAUUUUCUUACUGCUCAAGGACCAGGGGGUCGUGGUCGGGGGCUGACUGCUGGACAAUAAGGAAAGCCACGGAAAAGGUCCAAAGUCGACUGUUGGGCAAUGAAGGAAAAAAGAAAAGACGAAAAAAAAGGAGACCAAGGUCCACUACGAGUGACCUGGUUUGAUGCAGUGCCACGGAAUGGUUACCCAUAUUGACCGAACAGAACGCGGCGCCAUUCAGUUUCCCUUCUGUUCGAACAACGUGAGCACCACUACGGGCUCAUCAGUCAUCACGUCUAUCAUGCGCUCGGAAGCGAGUACCUGACCAAAGGCCGGUGCCAGUGGGACAUGUUUUGAUUAUUCCUCGACGACCGUUGCGCAACCACUUGCAUAUCAGGAAUAAAAGUGACGAAUGUUCUUGUUCUUUUGGAUGGUAUCAUGAGAAGGGAAAAGGAUUUGUGCUAUGCAGAGCGAUUCUAGGCUUGUACCCUCACCGGCUAUGGCCUGCCUCAGCUUGGUUUCGGUAAAUCAUGGCAGUUUGGGUCGAAUGUCGAAAUGACUUUGCAACUUUGCAAAACGUGUGGACAUUACAUGUACGAUGGUAUACUGCCGGAACACCAAGGUGCAGGAGCAGAAGCAGAAGCAAAGCAGGGCAAAAGAAAUAUACGUAUCUUACAAUAUGUAAGUCAUAUAUGUUGCUCACUGCACGUAGGUCCUAGUAACUAGGAUCUGACAGCAGUCCUCGCAAGCGUUGCCUGGAGAUCGCAUCGCUUUCCUUUCCGUCUACCUCCCCUACCAAUCCGUAGUCUUCUUCAACUUCUCAUUCUGAAUAACCUCAACCCAAUACUCAUCCGG